UCUUUUGUUAACCUAGCAUGUUAAAUACAUUUCGCUAACAAAAGCUAGAGGUUAGUGAACCGGCGAUAUGUGUCUACUUGUGAUAGCUAGGUUAGCUGCAUGGUAUUCUGUCUGAUUCGUACCAUCUUCAGUGAGAUACAGGGAAAUGAUUUAUGUGAUGCUAACGGCUCACCCUUGCUGAUGCAAUCGUGGGAUGCUAGUAAUAGCCGGUCUUUUUUUUGCCUGGCUGGCUCUAUUUAUACAAUCAGCUCGUUGAUACCCAUUAGCCGAUUGGCCCAAUAAUCUGCGGCAGCUGAAAGACGAGUUUGUUGACGGUACAUAGAGCCAGAGCUAACCCCAUGAUGAUGCUCCAGGAUGGGUCAACACAGCUCCUCUGCCUCACAGCCAGCAGCGGGGUUCCUCUUUUCACAAGGGGAGCCUCCAAACAGCUGCCCUUCUCGGUCAUCGGCUCCCUGAAUGGUGUUCACAUGUUUGGAGGUGGUCAGGGAGUAGUUUUGUCCUGCUGUGAGACUGAAAGUGGGGGGAAGGUGGUGUGGAGAGUUUUUCAAGACAGUGUGAUGCUCAUAGCUGUGAGUGGAGAGGGACAAAGUGGUGCAAGCAGCAGCAAAGAGGAGGAGGUUCGUUUACAACGCCUCCUGGAGAAUGUGUGGAACUGCAUGGUUCUGGUGUUGGGACAGGAUGAACUGGUCAAUGUCAGGAAUGUAGAGAGGCUGAAGAGGGAUUUGCGGUCCUGCUUCAGCCUCAUCGAUCAGCUGCUGGAAGAGAAGCAAGAGGGUAUCCUGGGAAACCUCACACACUGUGCUGAUUCACUGGUGCCCCCAAACCCUACUCUUCUUCAGGAGGCUGUGGAUGGCUUUGCUCAGGCUGCAGACAGUGAGUUUGGUUGCCUCAUUGUCCAUGGGAGGAUCGCUACAGCAACCGAGAAGUGGUGGCGCCUGGCGCCGCAGGAAGUUGUCCUGCUCUCUGCUUUGAUUCGCUCUCUCUCUGCUUCUGCAUCAGUUUCUUGUGAUUACCCAGUUUUCCUUCCUCAGGGCAGCCCCACUGUAGCUCACCGCCUGCUCCGCUUCCAGCUGCUCCCUGGAGCAGAUGUGUGUGUGCUGUGUGGUCCUACACCUACCCUGCACAGAGCCCAGACCGGACUAGUGGGCCGUUUCUGGUCACCGCUGGUGGAGACCUUGAGAGACUGCCUGGCUGUUGGAGAGCGCUGCUUACCAGGAUCCGUGUCCCUGCGGCCGGAUGUGCUGGCACUUCUUCUCAUUAACCGUGAAACACGUCGCUCAGUCUCUUGCGUAUGGACUUCCACUUAUCACCCACUUGGUGACUCUCCUUCGCCCUCCAAGGCCCGCUGCUGGGAGCUACUGAAACUCGUCUAUAUCUUCAGCAUGUCACGCUACUUCACACGGGAGGAGACGCUAUGUGUCUCCCCAGAGGAGAGAGCUGAGAGAGCCAACACUGAAGACUUUCUCCUUGGAUUCUCCCACCAGCCACAACAGUGCUAUCUAGUUACAGAAGAGUGCAAAAGUUAUGGACUUCAAACACCACAGCACCAGCUCUUUCUGCUCCUGCCACCAUCUGUGCCCACCUUUGCGCUGCGUACAGUAGCUACACAGACUCUCUCUGAUAUAAUUACAGCCACAGGGUUUUAACUAAACAGUAUAACAUAUUAUUUUCACAGCAAAUCUGCAGUUUUUGACCUAAUAAUAACUUCUCAUCAUACAUGGAGACAGUGUGAAGUCAUCUAUAAUGUGAUUUCGCUAAUUAUUUUUAGAUUUUCCUUUUUUUCAAGCUUCCAUCUUUCUCUCUGCUGUCAAGGCAAUGAUCACCAGACCACUGGUAAGAGAUGAACUAUAGAAAAAAUAUCACCGUUUAAAGGUCUCACAGGUUUUGCUGAACUACUGCUCUAAUUCUGAAACAAGUGAACAUGUUAUACCAAAGUGCUUUGAGCUUUGUUUUGCCUUUUAAGAGAUAAGCCACUGUUUCACAAUUGUAUCACUACUGACUUCAAGGACAUUUCUGUCACUGUAAUGAAAGCUGGUUUGACUUAAUGAAUACUAACAUUAUCACUAGGACUGCACUGUCACGAACAAAUCUAAAAUGUAAUAGAGCAUAAUGUGAAGACAGUACACUGGGAUAAAAAAGUGCCUGUGGUUUGUUGUUUUGACAUUUUGUAUCCUCUGGCUUAAAAGAAGGUGAAUUCUUUUGUUGUUCUUGUUUUAUUCCUAAAUAUAGUUGGUUAAUUGCUGGUU